CCCUUCCCGUUCCUAGUUCUGGGAGUUGUGCGCGGAGGCGGGUCUUCUAGGCGCGGCCUGACGAUUCUCAGGAGGCGGGAGUCUGCGGUUGUUGCUGCUGCUUGCUUGAGUACAACGCACGCGGAGCAGUGCAAGAUGGCGGACGUGGAAGUAAUGUUUCCCAAAAAGCAUAAGAAGAAAAAAGACCGGAAGUCAUUACAAGAAGAAGAUGUAGCCGAAAUACAACAAGCUGAAGAAUUUCUCAUCAAGCCAGAAUCCAAAGUGGCUCAGUUGGACACUUCCCAGUGGCCCCUGUUACUAAAGAAUUUUGAUAAGCUAAAUGUAAGGACAACACACUAUACACCUCUUCCUUGUGGUUCAAAUCCUCUGAAGAGGGAGAUUGGGGACUAUAUCAGGACAGGUUUCAUUAAUCUUGACAAACCCUCUAACCCCUCUUCCCAUGAGGUGGUAGCUUGGAUCCGACGAAUACUUCGGGUAGAGAAGACAGGCCACAGUGGCACACUAGAUCCCAAGGUUACUGGGUGUUUAAUUGUGUGCAUUGAACGAGCCACUCGCUUAGUGAAAUCCCAACAGAGUGCAGGCAAAGAGUAUGUGGGAAUUGUCCGGCUGCACAAUGCUAUUGAAGGGGGGACUCAGCUUUCUAGGGCCCUAGAAACUCUGACAGGUGCCCUGUUCCAGCGACCCCCGCUUAUUGCUGCAGUAAAGAGGCAGCUUCGAGUGAGGACUAUCUAUGAAAGCAAAAUGAUUGAAUAUGAUCCUGAAAGACGAUUAGGAAUCUUUUGGGUGAGUUGUGAGGCUGGCACCUACAUUCGGACACUGUGUGUGCACCUUGGUUUAUUACUGGGAGUUGGUGGUCAGAUGCAGGAACUUCGGAGGGUUCGUUCUGGAGUCAUGAGUGAAAAGGACCACAUGGUGACAAUGCACGACGUACUCGAUGCUCAGUGGUUAUAUGAUAACCAUAAGGAUGAAAGUUACUUGCGGCGUGUUGUUUACCCUUUGGAAAAGCUGUUGACAUCUCAUAAACGGCUGGUUAUGAAAGAUAGUGCAGUGAAUGCAAUCUGCUAUGGGGCCAAGAUCAUGCUUCCUGGUGUUCUCCGCUAUGAGGAUGGCAUUGAGGUUAACCAGGAGAUCGUGGUCAUUACCACCAAGGGAGAAGCUAUCUGCAUAGCUAUUGCAUUAAUGACUACAGCAGUGAUUUCUACCUGUGAUCAUGGUAUAGUAGCCAAGAUCAAGAGAGUAAUCAUGGAGAGAGACACUUACCCUCGCAAGUGGGGUUUAGGCCCAAAGGCAAGUCAGAAGAAGAUGAUGAUCAAGCAGGGCCUUCUGGACAAGCAUGGCAAGCCCACAGACAACACCCCUGCCACCUGGAAACAGGACUAUGUUGACUACAGUGAUUCUGGCAAGAGAGAAGUGGUUGCAGAAGCACCACCAGCCCCUCAGGUAGCUGCUGAAUCAGUAAAAGUCAAAAAAAGGAAGCGGGAGAGUGAGAGUGAAAGUGAUGAGAUUCCUCCAGCAGCUGCCCAGUUGAUGAAGAAGGAAAAGAAGAAAAAUAAGAAGGAUAAGAAGGCCAAAACUGUGUUGGAAAGUGGGGAUGAGGCUGGAGAUGGAGUAUGUAUAAACCCUGGGUACCUUGGGCUGGCUGAGUCUUUGACUUGGGGGAAAAAAUUAGCCAGGCAGUGUUGCCUAAUUCUUGGAGGUGCUGUGGCACAAGAGUGGGAUGCUUCCUUUGCGUCUUGGCAGUGCCUUUGGUGCUGCCCUGUGAUCUGCAAUUCUUCUGUCUACACCCUUGGAUGGACAGGACAGUGAUGCCACCAAAAAGAAGAAAAAGAAGAAGAAAGUAAAAGUGGUAGAAGUGUCUGAAUAGUAAAAGCCACUUGAAGUUGCAUCCAGCUGGGAGGAGAAAUCAAAGCCUUAUUGAGGAAACUUUGAGGGAUUGAACAAAGGUCCCAGAGUAGAGACUUCUGGCACACUUCAGCUGCAACUUGUGACCUUGGUGGUUAGCUGGUGUGCUCAUCCCAUCCUGUCCUGUUUUAAGGAUAUGCGUGAUGAAAAGCAGACGACUUCUACUGACCUCUGCUUGAGUGGGGAAGCUGGACCUUCAGACCCAGCACUGCCCAGUAACUGUGUGCAGUUGUUUCCUAAUGACCAUUUUAAACAGCAGCCUAGUCUUCUCUUUUUUUUUUGAUACUUGUAAAACAAGUCUGCUAAAUGAAAUGGUAUAGGACCGUCUAUGAGUAAAAGAAAUCUAAGUGAAUGGUGUUCACUGGGGAGAUCUUGUCCUGUGAAGGCUGCUCUAUUCUGGUGUCGGGUAUAGCCCUUGCUGAUCUGGUGUCGUCCAUUGUGUUUUUGGCAUAGCACUUAGUGCACUUCACCAAAGCCAUUUAUCCAACUCUGUCUGGCUACUUGUGUUUGUGGUGGAAGCCAAACCAUUCCUGCUCCCUCAUUUUUUUAACCUUUAUUUGCUUUUGAAGAAUGGAUUUGUUCAUUGCUGGAAGAAUGUACUUUUUUAGUUAUUAAAGUGGACUCAUGAACUUUUAAAAGUAUUCCUAUUGGGUUUACUAAUUGUUAAUGAUCUCAGACUGGCAGAGCAAAAGCUAUAAAAUAUUUUUAUUAAAAAUUUGGAGAUCUUUA